CAGCCAUCUCACUGACUCGGCAGUCCUGUUUCAGCAGAGGCUCAUAAGAGUCAGUCUGAGCGUCUGUCCCUUGGAACAAGGUUUCCGAGAUCCUGAGACUCUGAUUCUUACAUCCAGAGUGUCAGCAGAUUGGAAUGGUGCACUGGGGUCUGGCCGUUCUGCUCACCUGUUUCCUCCUGGACCCGAUCGAUGAAGGUUGCCAUGCAGAGAACCUUCAACAGGCCUUCCGUGUGGAGCCAGAGAACAUCACCAUCCAUGAAGGAGAAACAGCUUUGCUGAGGUGCGAGGUGGACAACCACUCUGGCAUUGUGCAAUGGGCAAAGGAUGGGCUUUUACUAGGCCCCAACUGGAACAUCCCUAGAUUCCCCCGUUACAGUAUGGUGGGAGAUUCUAACAAAGGCACAUAUAAUCUGCAAGUGACAAGGAGCCAACUGGAAGACGAUGCCUGGUACGAGUGCCAGGUGGGACCCUCGGAGAAAAGUGGCGGCAUCAUCUCUCGCAGUGUGCUACUCACUGUGCUUAUUCCCCCCAAGAAGCCUCUCAUUAUGGAGUACCAGGCAAACAGCACAGUGACGUGGGUGGCUGGCAUGGAAUACACGGUGCACUGCCAGGUGAAAGAUGCCCGGCCUCCAGCUGAGAUCACUUUCCGCAAGGGUGACAACGAGGUGACAGAUGUGACAUCUAGCAUUCAACCUGGCUCCAGUGACAAACUCUUUAACACGGAGGCCAUGCUGAGGAUCACUCCCCAGAACUCAGACAAUAGGCAGAAGCUGAGAUGCAGGGCCUCUAACCCAGUUGCUUUGAUCCCAACAGUUGUCAGUUUCAUCAUGAACAUCCUGUUCCCACCCCAACCGCCUGUCAUUGAAGGAUACAGCGGCCCUGCAGUAAAAGCCAAGGACAAACUAAAACUGACCUGCAUUUCUCUGAGUGGCAACCCUUUGGCUACUCUGCAAUGGCUAAAGAACGAUGAAGUCAUUUCUACCAACUGGGAAACGGAUGACACCGGCCAAUUGUCCCGGAGUUCCCUAACCCUCAGCAUCACAGCGGAAGACAACAUGGCUACCAUCAGCUGCCAGGCUUUGAAUCAAGUCUUGCCCCUCCCGCUGCAGGCCAGCAUCACUCUGCACGUAGUCUUUCUCCCUGAACAGGUGAAAAUCAUAGGGUCAAGCAGCACCGAAGAAAACAAGGAGAUCUCCCUGUCUUGUUCGACUUCCCCCAGCAACCCACCUGUGUUGGUGCGCUGGUGGCUAGGCUGGAGGGAGCUCAAUGCCACCGAAGUCACCGUGUUGGAGGCAACUCACGGCGGGAUGAUCACCGUGUCUAAUCUGACAUACACAGCACACCGGGAGGACAAUGGAUUGUCUCUGAUCUGCGAAGCUUUCAAUGAAGCCAUCCUGUAUGCCAAGAGCGCUACUGUGACCCUCCGAGUACAGUAUCCACCUCAGAAAAUCUGGAUGGAUGUGCCACCACCAGAAACAUGCUUUCGAGCUGGCACCGAAGUCAAGCUCACCUGUUUUGCCAGCGGCGGGAACCCUCUGCCUCGUCUCGAAUGGUUCAAGGAGACCAAGAUAGUGAGGGACGGAAUAACACCAGGCUCAUCUGGGAAUAUCGUUUCCAAGGAGUUGCUCUUGACCACUACUGCCAGCGACAACAUGGCUACAUACCGUUGCACGGCCACCGGAAGCUCGAGAACCUCAGCACUCACCGCAAAGACUCGUCUGCAUGUUCAGUUUGCACCCCUAAGUGCCGAAAUUACGGUGACGGCCAAGGAGGUGAAACGUGGCCAGUCGGUGACGCUUCACUGCAAAUCGGGCAGCAGCAGCCCUCCUGCCAGCCUCACCUGGCUGAAAGAUGGGAAAAAGUUGAAUGCAACUGACCUAGGGCAGAAGAAAGCAGAGUAUGGGGGUUUUUCCACUUCGGGAAAGGUGACUCUGGUGGUGUCAUCUGCAGAUCAUGGGAUGAGGGUGGAAUGCCAUGCAUAUAGUUCUGUCCUCUCUGAAGGUGUGAACACCUUCUACCAGCUCACUGUCCUAUUUUCCCCGGAGUUCUCCUCUGAGCAGCCCCUUGUGGUGCAAGCAGUGGAGCACGGAGCUGUCCGCCUGCCCCUGCUGGUGUCUGCCAGCCCUCCUGUGAUCACCUAUCACUGGAGCUUCCUUGGUGAGGUACUCUUGACAGAGGGCGCCCCACGGUACCACCUGCGGGAUGGUGGCUCUCUGGAGAUCUGGAAUGUGACUCGAGCUGAUGCUGGCAAAUACAAGAUCUACUGUGAGAACCCAGAAGGCCACAAUGAAACGGCCAUCUUGCUGGAUGUGCAGUAUUCGCCAUCCAUCCGCAGCAUUGGUGACCCAACCUAUGUGGACCUGGGAGGCGCUGCUGAGAUUGUGUGUGAGGCUGAUGCCAACCCUACACCCACAACCAUGUUCCAGUGGAGGUGGCUGAGUGAUUUGGAGCGUAGCCUGGAAGAGCUGGGGAUUGAACUGAGAUCGGAAGGGCUGGUGGGGCGACUACGAAUCCAGGAGUCACAGCGAGCCCAUGCUGGACUCUAUGAGUGUCAGGUUGACAAUGGAAUCUCCCCAGCAGCAAGGAGCAGUGCCCGCUUGAUUGUGCGAUUCCCACCAGAGAUCAUCAAGGGCCCUGGACUGAGAAAAGUGGCGGCUUCAGGAGAUGGGAGAAGCCGGGCCGCACUCCAGUGCCGUGCUCAAGGGGUUCCCAACAUCCGCUUCAGCUGGGCGAAGAAUGGUGUCUCCCUUGACCUUCAGAGCCCCAGGUAUACCGUGCUUUCUGAAUAUGAAGGGUCCCUCCACACCAGCACAUUAACCAUUGCCAAUGUGAGCGCCGUUCUUGACUAUGCCACCUUCACCUGCAUAGCCAGCAAUGAACUGGGCACAGAUACUCUUGACAUCCAGCUGCUUAGUACCAGCCGCCCUGACCCACCAACAGGGCUAAAGGUUGUUGGUGUGGCCCACAACUGGCUGGCUUUGGAGUGGACCCCUGGCUUUGAUGGAGGGCUUCAACAAAGCUUUCGUGUCAGGUAUCACUGGCCAGGGGCUCCUAGCUUUCGUUAUGUGGAUGUCUUCCCACCGCAGUUUCCCGUGUUCACCUUGACAGGCCUGCGCCCAAACACCCUCUACAAUGUUUCCGUCAAUGCCCGCAACGCUCUUGGUGAAAGCGACUUUGCUGAUGGUGGUGCAGGGCUCAGCAUCGCCACUGCAGAGAGUGAGGAAGAACCAGUUGACAGAGAACCCAAAACUCCGUCCGCACCUGCACCAGAGAGCCCUUUGCUGUCUCUUCCCCUGGCUGGGCUCCUUAGCACCUUAGGGGGACUUCUGCUGGUUUCCAACCUGUCCUUCCUGGGCUGCCUACUCUGCCGGCGACGGGUCCGAGCUCUCAACGUUGAAGGAACCCAAGAAGCAGCCAAGGGAAAGGUGAGAUUUGGGAACAACUACACAGUGAGCAAGUGGCUGAAACUUGGUGCUCAACCAACGCAGCUGGAAGAGCGCAGCUCAGAGGGAAGCUCUCCCAAGACAUCAUCGACCGGCUCUGGGGCCACUGCACAAGUCUGGUCCCAGCUCAGACGCCACACUGAGAGCGAGACAGAUGCCAGUGUUACAGACCCUAAUAUCCCACCCACAUGGCUUGGCUCUCCAGAGCACCACGAGUACGAGGAAGUGGGGGUGCCUCGGAGAUAUGAAGAAAUGAGACCUCUGUACGAAAGCUGGUACCCCAAGGAGGAACCAUGGCUUCAGGAAUAUGCAGGUGCCUAUCAACGAAAUGGAAGGUUAGCAGAUGGCUAUGUAGAGACAAUGCAGAUCUAUGACCCUGUGGCAGAUUUUCUGCCUCUGGAUGGGGAGCUGCCUUUUGAGCAACAAGGGGAACUAGUCUGAGCAAAAGCUAU